CAGAAAAAGAAAACUAAAAGAAAAAUCAAAGCCAGCGUUCUUAACAAGUCCAAAACGCUUGCCUUUCAACACCUUGAAUUUGGAAAACAAAGGAAAGACACGUCAACACUCUACUUCUCUCGCUCAACGGGCAAUGUUGCUUGUUUCUCCUUCUUUUGUUUUCUACGCAGUGUCUCCUCUCCUUUCUUUUUCCGCCAUAACAUUUUAAGAAACUUUACUUCUUUCUUCAGAAAACCCAAUAAAUAUCAUUGCUUCGUAGUCAAUAAUUCAAGGUCUCUACAUCUUCUUCUUCACUGGUGUCUGCUGCUUACAUGGCAGCAAUCCUGGCUUCACACAGUUGUUAUUUGCGCAAUUGUGAGUUGAUGAAUCAAGGAAGAACAAUGGAAACUCUGAGUUUUUCAAGCUCAAUUUCGAAUCAGUUUGUGAAGUUUGAGAGGCAAAUACAUAAUCUGCCUAUGACAGAUAAAUCAUUCAGGUUUCAAGUGGAUAUGCAACAAACUGAAUCAGCCCCAAAAGUAGGAAUCAAUGGGCGAGCUAUUAAAAUGGUGCCUGCUAGUGAGGUAGUGAAAAGAAAAGCUCCAGCCACUAGCAAAGUGGAGAAGGUGAAUGGUGUAAAGCAGGUUAUAAAUGGUGCUAGCAUAGUUAGGAGAGAUAAUAGUCCAUCUCUGGUUAAGAAGCCUAAACCUAGAGUGUCUGCAGAACUUCCACCAUUAGAGGAGUUAAAUGUUCUGCCUUCAGAUGAAAGUUUCAGUUGGGCCAAUGAGAAUUAUAGUACCUUGCAAAGGACUAUAGAUGUUUGGUCUUUUGUUCUUUCUUUACGAGUCCGUGUUCUGUUGGACAAUGCAAAAUGGGCAUAUGUGAGAGGCUUCACAGAAGAUAAGCAGAAAAAGAGGAGGAGAAAGACUGCCUCAUGGCUACGAGAGCGUGUAUUGCAACUUGGUCCUACUUUUAUUAAGCUUGGACAAUUAUCUUCUACCAGGUCAGAUCUAUUUCCACGUGAGUUUGUGGAUGAACUUGCCAAAUUGCAGGAUAGAGUCCCUGCAUUCUCACCAAAGAAAGCAAGAAGCUUCAUUGAGAGUGAACUAGGAGCUCCCAUCAAGGUACUAUUUAAGGAAUUUGAGGACCAGCCCAUUGCUGCAGCUAGCCUUGGUCAGGUACAUCGCGCUAUUCUGCAUAAUGGGGAGAAAGUUGUUGUCAAGGUUCAAAGGCCUGGGCUUAGGAAGCUUUUUGACAUUGAUUUACGAAAUCUAAAGCUAAUUGCAGAGUAUUUUCAGAAUAGUGAAACUUUUGGUGGUCUAACAAGAGAUUGGAUUGGUAUAUAUGAAGAAUGCUCCACGAUUUUGUAUCAAGAAAUUGAUUACAUAAAUGAGGGGAAAAAUGCUGAUAGGUUUCGCCGAGAUUUUCGAAAUAUAAAGUGGGUCCGAGUACCUAUGGUGUUUUGGGAUUACACUGCUACAAAGGUGUUGACCUUGGAGUAUGUACCAGGCAUUAAAAUCGACCAAUUAGCUGCAUUAGAUUCUCGGGGAUAUAAUCGUUCUCGAAUUUCAUCACGUGCUGUUGAAGCAUACUUGAUUCAGAUACUGAAAACUGGCUUCUUUCAUGCUGAUCCCCAUCCUGGAAAUCUUGCUAUUGAUGUGGAUGAAGCAAUCAUCUAUUAUGAUUUUGGCAUGAUGGGGGAUAUCAAAUCUUUUACUCGUGAGAGAUUGCUGGGACUUUUCUAUGCAGUAUAUGAGAAAGAUGCAAAAAAGGUUAUGCAGAGCCUCAUAGAUCUUGGGGCACUUCAACCCACAGGUGAUUUGUCCUCGGUGAGGAGAUCUGUGCAAUUCUUCUUGGACAAUUUAUUGGACCAGACGCCAGAUCAGGAGACUACGUUGACUGCAAUUGGAGAGGAUUUGUUUGCAAUAGCUCAGGAUCAACCAUUUCGGUUCCCAUCCACAUUCACCUUUGUUUUGAAGGCAUUUUCCACACUGGAAGGUAUUGGCUACACACUUGAUCCAAAUUUCUCCUUUGCAAAGAUUGCUGCACCUUAUGCUCAGGAGCUAUUAGAUAUUAGACAAAGGCAGCAAACUGGGACACAGCUAGUGGAGCAGAUAAGGAAACAAGCUGAUGAUGCCAGGUCCUACACCAUGUCUAUGCCGUACAGAGUUCAGCAAAUAGAAGAAUUCGUAAAACAACUUGAAUCAGGAGAUUUGAAACUCCGAGUCCGGGUGCUAGAGUCUGAGAGAGCAGCACGGAAGGCCAGAAUACUGCAAAUGGCAACAAUGUACACAGUACUAGGAGGUACCCUGCUAAACCUAGGCGUCACCUUUGGCAGUCAAGGCAGCCAAAUUAUUGCUAACGGAUCAUUCCUCGGAGCAGGAGUUUUCUUCACACUGCUCCUUAGGUCAAUGCAAAGGUUGAAGACGCUUGAUAAAUUCGAGAAGAUGAUAUGAUGUUAACCUCACGAGGCAAAUGAUUUCUUUCAUGUAUAUGCUCCUUCCUUUUUCUCUUUUCAGUCAGUUAAUUGCCUUAUUUUGCACCGUAUUAUAUGUAAUUUUUUUCCCUCAAAUAUUUGAGGGUGAAAUCAAUUGACUAUCAUAUACAAAAAAACCAAUGAUAGAUUGGGAAAUGCCUCCCUGCUGGGAAAUUUAUAGUUGUACAAUAAGACAUUCUGAAUGGUCAAAAGGGAAAUUUCAAUUUAAUAACAAACAUGAUAGUUUCUUCUC